CCGACGUGCCAGAGCAAAGUUCUCGACCGCGCUCCCUCCGCGGCAGGGCGUCCUCCCCCUCCGGCAGCCGGGGUCCCCAAGUGGGUCGUGGCGGCAUCAUCCUCAGGCCGGGCCGCGGGGGGAGGGGGCGGCCUGGAGGCAGUGGCGGGGUCAGCACGGUCCGCGCCGGCGGGGCCAUGGAGCCCAGGGAGUCGGGGAAGGCUCCUGUGACAUUUGAUGAUAUCACAGUGUACUUGCUCCAGGAGGAAUGGAUGCUGCUGAGUCAGCAGCAGAAGGACUUCUAUGGUUCUGACAAGCUGGUGCCACCACUUGGCCCAACUGUUACCAGCCCUGAGCUCUUCUGUGAGUUUGGGAAAGUGUCCAAGCCAUGGCCAGGCAAUGUCCAAGGCCAGAGGAGUCUCCUGGACCAUCACCCCGGAAAAGAUCAGGUGGGCUACAUGGGAGAAAUGGAUGUGCAGGGUGCUACCAGGGAAGGUGGACUGUACGUGCCACCUCAGAAGAAAGCUUGCCUUGGCCGCUGCAGUGUGGAGAGUGACACCAUCAAGGGAGACUGGACAGGGAGAAGCAAGAAACCUCUGAAACCCCGAUCUAUCCAGAAGUCAUGGUUUGCACAGUUUCCAUGGUUGAUCAUGAAUGAGGAACAGACAGCUCUGUUUUGCUGUGCCUGCAGAGAAUACCCAUCUGUCAGGGACAAACGGUCAAGAUUAAUAGAAGGUUACACAGGACCAUUCAAGGUGGAGACUCUCAAAUAUCAUGCCAAGAGCAAAGCCCAUAUGUUCUGUGUCAAUGCCCUGGCCGCCAGGGACCCCAUCUGGGCAGCCCGUUUCCAGAGCAUCAGGGAUAGUUCUUCAGAGGUCCUGGCCAGCUCUGAGCACCUCUUCACAGCAGAUUAUCCCAUGUUCUACCCCCCAGGGCCUCUGGAAGACUUUGAUAGUAUGGCCAACCUCCUGCCAAGCUCGAGAGCAGAACUAGAGGACCUUGGAGGGAGUGCAGCAAACCCUGCAUUGUAUCUAGACUGCAUUUCAGAUGUGAGACAAAAAGAAAUCACCAGUGACAUCUCUUCAGACAUUAACAUUUUGUGUAAUGACGCUAUUGAAUUCUGCAGUCAGGACCCUCCUGAAGAGGGGCUGCUGGAGGUUCCUGUGGUGUCUGGGGAGCUCCCGGCAGUGUUUGAGGAUGUGGCAGUGUAUUUCACCCGGGAAGAGUGGGGCCUGCUGGACAAGUGGCAGAAGGAGCUGUACAGAGACGUGAUGCGGAUGAACUAUGAGCUCUUGGCAUCCCUGGGGCCUGCUGCUGCAAAGCCAGACUUGAUCUCAAAACUGGAACGGAGAGCUGCCCCCUGGAUCAGAGACCCGAUCGGACUGAAGUGGGGGAGUGGUCGGUCCCCAGGGAAAAAGAAAAUGGUAGCAGAAAGAGAGGCAGAUGCACAAUCCUGGGCUGCAGAAUCGGCAUCACUUCCGGCUCCUCCUGUGGAAUCUUAUGCCUACUGCCCUUCCAGCACGUGUGAGGUAGAAGCAGAAGGACCUAGGAAAAUCCAGAGGACUUACCGACCCCGAUCCAUUCAGAGGUCGUGGUUUGGGCAGUUCCCGUGGUUAGUAAUUGACCCCACAGAGACCACGCUCUUUUGCUCAGUCUGCAGAGAGAGACCUACCCUCCAUGACAAAUCAUCUCGGUUAGUUCGAGGCUAUACUGGGCCUUUUAAGGUGGAGACUUUAAAAUAUCACGAAGUCAGCAAGGCACACAAACUCUGUGUCAACACUGUGGCCGUCAAAGAUGACAGCCCUCAGGCUGCCCUAAUCCCAGAGAUCUCUAGUGACCUCAUGGCCAACAUGGAACACUUCUUCAAUGCUGCCUACUCCAUCGCAUACCACUCCAGGCCCCUGAAUGACUUUGAGAAGGUCCUGCAGCUCCUCCAGAGCACUGGGACUGUGAUUUUAGGUAAGUAUCGAAAUCGCACUGCAUGCACUCAGUUCAUCAAAUACAUCUCAGAGACUCUGAAGAAGGAGAUCCUUGGUGACAUCCGGAACUCUCCGUGUGUGAGUGUGUUGCUGGACAGCUGCACAGACUCCUCUGACCAGGCCUGCGUGGGGAUCUACAUCCGUUACUUUAAGCAGAUGGAAGUGAAAGAGUCAUACAUUACCCUGGCCCCUCUCUACAGUGAGACAGUGGAUGGGUACUUUGAGACCAUCAUUGCUGCCCUGGAUGAGCUGGACAUCCCCUUCCGGAAGCCUGGCUGGGUAGUAGGCCUGGGGACUGAUGGCUCCACCAUGCUGAGCUGCAAGGGAGGCCUCAUGGAGAAGUUCCGGGAGAUCAUCCCCCAGCUGUUGCCUGUCCAUUGUGUGGCCCACCGGCUGCACCUGGCUGUGGUGGACGCUUGUGGGAGCAUUGACCUGGUGAAGAAGUGUGAUAGGCACAUCAGAACUGUCUUCAAGUUUUACCAGUCCUCCAACAAGAGACUGAGCGAGCUGCAGGAUAGUGCGGCUGCCCUGGAGCAGGAGAUCGUCCGCCUAAAGGACCUGAAUGCGGUCAGCAUCUACAGGCCCUUGUCUGAGGUGUGCCAGAAGGAGAUCGUUUUGAUCACAGAGGUGAACGCCACACUGGGACGGGCCUACGUGGCACUGGAGACCCUCCGCCACCAGGCAGGACCCAAGGAGGAGGAGUUCAAUGCCGGCUUCCAGGAUGGGCAGCUCCAUGGCGUCUUCCUGGAGAGGAUGGAGAUGGCAGAGCAGCGGUUCCAGGCUGACAGGGAGAGAAUGAUCCUGACUGGGCUCGAGUACCUCCGGCAGCGGUUUGAUGUGGACCGUCCCCCUCAGCUCAAGAGCAUGGAGGUAUUUGACACCAUGACCUGGCCCAGUGGGGUUGAACUGGCCCACUUUGGGAAUGAUGACAUUCUCAGCCUUGCCAGGUAUUUUGAGCUCUCCCUUCCUACAGGGUACAGUGAGGAAGCGCUGCUGCAGGAGUGGCUGGGUCUAAAAGCCACUGCCCAGAACCUCCCGUUCUCCAUGCUGUGUAAAAACGCCCUGGCCCAGCACUGCCGCUUCCCCUUGCUGAGCAGGCUUGUGGCUGUGGUGGUCUGUGUGCCCAUCUCCACCUCCUGCUGUGAGCGGGGGUUCAAGGCCAUGAACCGGAUCAGGACCGACGAGAGGACCAAGCUCUCCAAUGAGGUGCUCAACAUGCUCAUGAUGACAGCGGUGAACGGUGUGGCAGUCACAGAGUACGACCCCCAGCCUGCCAUCCAGCACUGGUACCUGACCUCCUCAGGCCGGCGUUUCAGCCAUGUCUACUCCUGUGCCCGGGUGCCAGGCGGCUCCCACACAAUCAGCUGCCUGCUACCCGCUGUCCGGACCAGCGCAGCGUCUGUCUCGUCUCUCCGGCCAGCAUCUCAGCCUGGGCAUCCCGCGCCCACUAUGACGACGCACUCCUUUGCCCUCCCAAUCAUCAUCUUCACCACAUUCUGGGGUCUCAUCGGCCUCGCCGGACCCUGGUUCGUGCCGAAGGGACCCAACCGCGGAGUGAUCAUCACCAUGCUGAUGGCCACCGCUGUGUGUUGUUACCUCUUCUGGCUCAUCGCCAUCCUGGCUCAGCUGAACCCCCUGUUUGGGCCCCAGCUGAAGAACGAGACCAUCUGGUAUGUGCGCUUCCUGUGGGAGUGAUGGACCACCUUCCUGGCCCCAGGUGCCCCAGCUCUUUGGAUGACCCUGACUGGAUGUCCCUGGAGACAAUUCAACCCUAUCCUCCCCGACAACUGUCCUGGUCCCUCUGCACUCCCUCCUGCCAGCACCUUGGGCCCAUACCUCCCAGGCCCCCCAGGUCUAGGAUGCCGCAUCUUCCCAGCCUGUUGGGGCCUGGGGAGGCUGAGCAGGGGCAUCCUGCCCUGAAACUCCCACUGCCCUGGGGUUUUCUCCCCUCCCAAGUGGAUCCCAGCUGAGAAGCUGGUACUAGUGGGAUCUGUCCCUUACGAGUGGGGCUAAAGCCAGGACUCCAUCCAGGCUGAGGAUGGUGGCAUCCCUGAGAGGGAGGGGCAUCCAGACCUGGAGACUGGAGCCUGGGGUGGAGUCGGGCUGGGUUAUCAGCUGUGUCCCUGCCUGCUGGGAAGUGGAGGUCCCUGUUGGGUUAGGCCAAGGCCUUUCCCAGCUCUGGUGGGAAAUUCGGAAUCAUUCUUUAAUUUUCUGACACAUCAAGAUGUGAAAUUUUUGGAAUUAUACUUUGGGUCAAAUUUGACACCCAUAUGGUCAGGAUCCUUUGUGGCUGUGAAGUCACUUGAUGGCUUUCUCAGGAGGCUCUGUCUCCUCAGAAUGUUCUACUCUGCCUUCCUGCCCUACUGGGGCCUCCCCAGGCUCACUGCAGCGUCCAGGUGACCUAGAGUUGGAACAAAGAGAGACAAGUGAAGGCCUGACUGGGGACCCCAAAACCAAACAGCAAAGGUCAUGGCCACAAGCAUGAAUGGGCGGCUACACCAGAAAGAACAGGGACACAUGUCCUUAGCCCUGUGUCUAAGAGCUGACAAUGACUUUGAGGUUGUGUAGAAAACAAGGAUUGGGGGUUUGCAUAGCUGGAGGCUUUGCAGAGCUACCAAAGCUGGUGACCUUGAUAGGAGGUUGCUGUUGCUUGCGAGGCAUCUUGGACUGAGCACGAGAUGUUUAUCAAUCAGACCUGUUGUUCCUGGAAUCCAGGGUCACUCUGAGCAGAGGAGACUGGAGAAAAAUGGAGUCAGAGACUCCAAGUCUUUAAUCCUGUUUUUAGCUAUCCCUGGGAAGUUUGCAGGCAAAAGUGAAGAGUCUGUCCUUGUUACAGCAGUGUACUGGGCCUCCCUGACUCUUGCCAGCCUCUGCCCGCCAAGUGCUCCGGGCUCUGUACUGGGGACAGUGAGAGACAGACAUGCAGAUAAUAUGGGUCAGACCAGGAGGGACCUAGGGACCCUCCAGCCAGUGCCCUCGCUCCUCAGGAGAGAGCAUGGGGACAUCACACUCUGCCCGAACUUCCAGAGCUAGUCAGGACAAAGCUCACUCACCUUGCCUGGGCUUUUUGUUUUGUUUUAUUUUUUGUCGUUUUUGUUUUUCGUACGGAGAUUAAACCCCAGGAGCACUUAACCACUGAGCCACAUCACCGACCCUAUUUAUCAUUUUGAGACAGGUUCUCACUAAAUUGCU